AUGAGUCUUCAGCACCAAGCACGUACCCCUAGACUGGAGCGCUCCCUCCCUACCCCCGUAUCCAAGGGCCAGACCCCCUACCUGGGGGCAGGCGCGCCCGGCACCAUCGGCGGCGCCGCGGGGCCAAGCGGGCGUCUGGGGGACCCGGCCUCAAGCCUGGUCGACUUCCCGGGGGGCAAGAGAGGCUGCGCCACCGCGUCCCUCCGGACCUCGCCCGGGGCUGCGGGAAGGAGGAAGGUCAGAGCCGAGGAGGAGGGGAGGCGGCGGGCGGAGGCGCGCAGAUGGGCGCAGAUUAGCGAGGCAUUUUUAGCGAGCCAAUGGCUGCGCGGCGCCGGGCGGAGCGCUGGCUGCGCAGGUGGAGACGCCGCGCUGCUGAGGCGGCAGCUGCCGGCUUAG